AUGCCACCAGCAUCACGGAGGAAAAUCCCUUCGGACGAACUUCGGAUGUGGGCCAGAGCCCCGAAGAACAGUGUGGUGGAUCCACUAAAAACCCCCGUAACUGGAUCCGGAAGUACCGUACACGUGUUGGGUAGCAUCCUGACGACCGGCUUCCUUCUUGCGCGCAAGGGCAAGGCCCCUGCGCAAGGGGCGGGUCUCAAUCCAGGGUCGUUCCGGCGCACUAGGCCGUACUGGAGCGGAGUAUGGGCAGAGAUUGGUGACGCUAUCGGAGAUGGGGGGAUGGAGGCAGAGGUCGUCCAGGAGGGGUUUUAUACACGUCCUACCAGUCAAGAUCGGGAGUGUGUGGCAUCUGCGACUCACAUCACUCAGUUCAGGUUGAAUGAUCCAGGAUGGUCUGAGAGACGCAUUGCGCUGAGUGAAACCCGGAAGCGUGGGCCCGAGGGACGGCCGGCAUGCUAA